AUGGUGCCCGUGACCCUGAUCCCAAAGCGAGUGAUGAUCCCAAUUUGGGAUCAUCGAUUCCAAUCAGGUAUCGAGUUUGUAGAUCAUGAUCCGAUGAUGAUCCCGUUAGGAACCGGCCUUACCUUUUCGAGACCCCGCGAUCGGGAAUACGAACGAACCGCGUACAAUCUGACAUCCGAGGCAGACGGCCGUGAAGCGCAGGACGCAGGAAGGACACUGACGGUGGCGAUAGCAAACCCGCGGGCCAAAGUUCAGGAGUUGCUGACGCUCGUGGAGGCCAAGCAGCAGGGUCUCUUCGCCCAAGGAUAUCUCAACUACGGUGGAGUGCCGCUGCGUGCGUCGCGGUCACUGACCGACUAUGGAAUCCAGAACCACGCCACGCUGCACUUGUCACGACGUCUACACGGCGGCUGCUUCGGCUUCUCCAUCCUGUUGUGGAUCAUCAUUUUCGUUUGCUGCCUCAUCAGUGUCUGCACGUGCGGACUGUCGUUGCCGGUUGCGCUGUGUCUACUGCCACCAGCAUUGCUCCUGCCGCUCUGCUGUCUGUAG